AUGACAAUAGCAACUAAGACAUUCCCCACAUUCAAACAAAUCUAUCGUGCCAUAUCACAAGAACUACUCGCUUACGAGAACAAAACACUAGCAGCACAAGCCCAAAAGGACAAUACCAAACUCACGACCUAUUAUUCAUACUUGAAAUCAGUAGCCCAAAGGGAUGGUAAACCAGUUGACGAUAUAAACGCCAAACUCGAAUCACUAAAACAAGCUCAAUUGAAACAAGUAGAAGAAGGACAAGGAGGAGCAUUGAAUCAAGAGCGUACUGAGCUACAGGAUUUAACUACGUUGCAUAAUAUAAUUGAUGAUAAGAUUGGUAUAAAUACCAAUUAUGAAUUGAACAACUUGAACAAUGUAGCUACUUAUUUACGCAACCAGCGUGAAUAUUUUGAUUUGUUGGUUAGAUAUAAUCCGGGGUUAUUGAUGGAUCAACAGGAGAAUGUGUCCAAGAGUGCUAAUAGAGUAGGAUUAGAUGUGCCUGAAUAA